UCCCUGUCAGUUGAGGCAGUUAGCUGGCCAGCUAGCGAAGUUUCAACAAACAACCUAUACAUCAGCUGGAGUUAUAUAUCUUAGCUAACUUAAUCGGUUUUACUUAUUAUAUUUUUCGCCAUUUGACUUUACCUCAGCAAGUAACGUGCGUUCUUUAAGACAGCCAUGGCGCUUAGUGAUUUGGACGUUCAAAAACAGAUUAAACAUAUGAUGGCCUUUAUUGAGCAGGAGGCCAACGAGAAGGCAGAAGAAAUUGAUGCAAAGGCAGAGGAAGAGUUUAAUAUUGAGAAAGGACGUCUUGUGCAAAAUCAGAGGCUGAAGAUAAUGGAGUACUAUGAAAAGAAAGAGAAACAGAUUGAGCAACAAAAAAAAAUUCAGAUGUCCAAUCUGAUGAACCAGGCCAGACUGAAGGUCCUUAAGGCACGGGAUGACCUGCUUGGGGAUCUUCUGAAUGAAGCACGUAAGAAGUUGGCUAACCUUGCUCAAGAUCCAGCAGAGUAUCAAACUCUGCUGGAGGGUUUAGUUUUACAGGGCUUCUAUCAGCUUCUGGAACCCAUGGUGAUAAUUCGCUGCCGGAAGGAAGAUCUGAGCCAGGUGCAGGAUGCUGUCAAGAAAAUGAUUCCCAUCUACAAAGAAACUGUAAAGAGUGAGAUUGAAGUCCAUAUUGAUGAUGGCAGUUUCCUCCCCUCUGAAAUCUCUGGAGGCGUGGAAGUUUACAACUGUAAUGGCAAGAUUAAGGUGUCCAACACCCUAGAGAGCAGACUGGACCUGCUGUCCCACCAGAUGAUGCCUGAAAUCCGAGCAGCUCUAUUUGGCACCAAUCAGAACCGCAAGUUCAUGGAUUAACUGCCGAUACUGUUUCCAAAGGAGUAUGGAGGGUAUAGAAGAAUUGACUGUUAGAUUUAAACUAAAUGUGACUCUCAUGGACUUUCAUGCAACGUGUGCAAGGGCUCGUUAUCUUUUUCUCUCUGUGGAUUUCUGUCCCAUUCAGUUGUGAACGCUCAUUGUUCCACUUCUCCAUCAGCUGAUCAUUUACAUGUUCUUCAGCCAAUGUCUGACCAACUGGAAGAGGGUAUAAUGUACUUGUAUUUGUUCACACUGGUAUUCUCAGUUGUGAAAUAGUUUCUUAUAGGAUGUGUACUUUGCGGUACACCCCUGUUGAACAAAGUCUCUAAAAGUGCUGUGAAAUGCACUUGUAUAAUUUGCACUAUAAACAAGCAGAUGACUAUACCUCUCCUUUCUGACAGGCCUUUCUAGCCUCAUAAGGUUCUUAAUGCGUUCUAUGUUGUUGGCUGAGCUUGCUAACAAGUGCAGUGACUGCUUUCUGAAGGAUGUCAGAAUGUUUACCUACCUUAAAUGUGUGGUCAUCUGUAUGUGUAGCGCUCUGUAUAAUCUGUGUAACUGACUUGACUGAUGAUUUUUGCUUGUUUUUGUGGGUGUGAUUUUUAAAACUGAGGAAUAAAUCAAUUAAAUAUAUUUUAUUUCUAUUUGGAAACCUUUAAGUAAAGAUGAAUGUCAGGCUAAAAUAAUUUCUGUUACAACAUAAACAACCACUAAAAAAUGUGGACUUUAUUAAGAAACGUUGUCCUUGAGAACGGAGUAAAUGGGUGGGGGGGUCAUAGUGAAAAAUGUUGCCCUUUGUGGACAGAAUUCUGUGCUUCAGUUCUCAACAAUGUUCAGUUCUCACGAAGCAUGUCAUUGUCAUCACCUUGUAUGUUUUCUGUUUUGUUUUUUUAUGUAUAAUGAGCUCAAACUUGAUCUAGAAUUCCCUGAAUUUUCAAUGGAAGAUGUAUCUGCUAGUCAUGAACACCCAGCCUUACAUUAGCCACAAGGGGGCACCUUUUCCCCAUCUUAAUAUCUUUGUAGGCAGAAUUUGAUUGAUUGUGUGUUCACAUUAGUACAUCUGUCUUCCUUUGUUGAGACUGUCCACCAUGAAAUACAUAUAUGCAUAGCUAUUUACAGGAUUAACUGUGGUAAUAUAAUGUUAAAAAAAAGAUUAUAUUGCAAUAAUACCAUAUUAGGGUGUCUCAAUAUUUUACGAAAGUUCAUUUUGAGAUGUAUAAAUUUAGUUUGACCACAUGGAAAUCAAAAUUCUCAGUGUGUCAGGUACGUUCUCAGAAGCAUUUUAAGUGUCAUCUUGCAAAAGGUUUCUUUGAAAAACACCCAGAAAUUGUGGUUGUGAUAGAACAGUUUUUGGUGUUAUAAGGUGUAGAGCUUUCAAAUUAUGUUGUUUCAAUAAUUGUGCUUUCAAAGCCCUUGCUAUUAACAUGGAAAUAAGGCUUCUGUAUAAAACAAAUGGAGAAAACAUCAAAUAAGAUGUCUCUAAUAUUA